AUUGUCCCUAGAAGUAGAGGCACGUGACGUAAACGUCGUAAACUAUAGACUUUUAAUAUAAUCAGAGAGGAUGAGAGGCACAAUAAUUGAGCUUAUUAUAUAAUAUCGCAAAAAUAUGUAAAAUUACAUUUUUAAUAAACAAUGAGUACAUCAUGCUUUUCGGGUAUAACAUCGGGUAUAUUUUGAUACAGCUACGAUUCACUUAUUUACAUUUAUCAAAAUAUUCGUUUUUAUAAUAUGCUGCUUAUAUGUAUACAUACAUACCAUCUCUUUGUAUGUGUAUUCCCACACGUACUUAUUCUGCUAUUCGUCAGAACGGCAUCACUGUUAUUAACAGCUGGAGAAACGCUCUUAUAAAAUGCAUGUUUUAAUUUAUAUAUUUAUUCAUGUUUUUUUUUUUUUUUUUAAAGAAAUAUUGACAUAAAUUUAAUCGAAUUUUAGAACAAUUUUAGAAUCAAACAUAGAAGAUCGUCCCCUCCUCUGCUCCAAUUAAGUUCAAAAAGGUUGCCUGGGUAACAGCAGGACAAACACGAGUUUUCCGUUUCAUUCAGUUUGAUUCAGCUAAGAAAAAACCUUAAUUAGGUUAAGAUUGAUAUAAAAAAGAAUAUCAGUUUAAGAUGUCGUGAAAUAUAAGACAGUGAUUAACUGUGUUCAAAGUUUUAAUUAUCCUUUCUCAGUAAACUUCCUGUUUGUCAAUGUCAGGCUUAAAAGCCACUUGGUGUCAUUUGAUUUAUACGAGAGCGUGACGCGAUGCCUUUGUUCUUCAACAAGUUUUCCCCCAAGAAGACGCCGACUAGGAAGGCAUCAGUUUUCCUUGCAAAUAAAAAUUUAAGCCCUAAACGAAUAGAGAAGGAGCUUGGGCCUGAAGUAGGACCUAUACGUCUUCACCUUGGAGAUCAGGAAGCUGUCUUUGAGGCUGGCCUGUGGAUUCCAGAAUCUGGUAAGGCGGGAGGUACUUUCAAAGAGAACGAGAAGUUAAAAAAGGAAGUGAGACGGCUGGAGGAAGAGAACAACCUGUUAAAGCUAAAGUUUGACGUACUUUUAGACAUGGUAAUUUUCUUUUAUGUUGCAUCUUUCAAAAGUAUUAACGCAAACAACCGCCGAGGUUCACUUGCAGAAAGAAGAAUUAGAGAAACUGAAAAAUAAUUUUUCUCACAACAAACGAGUUGUCGUU